GAGGAGGGAGCCUUCUGACGUCACCCCCCCGUGAGAUUUCUCCCUUUUGUCGCCCUCGUCUUUCUUGACUUACCCUCCCUAUAAGACUCGCCCGACCACACAAACAACCGCCUAUCGUCUCAACACUCAACGCUCAAGGCAAAGAACUAACUCCUCAGAAAGAAAUGGCCGAACUCCCACCGCCCGCAGACCUGGCCCUGCUUGACGACCUGGACCACGCUGACCCAAACUCCAUGAACGACCCUCUGGCUGACCUCCUCAACCCCCAAAAAGAACGUCAAACAACAGUAACAAUAACAACCUCAACUCCCAAUGAAACAACAUCAACAACAGCAUGGAUCGACAACGGGGUUGUCGCAUCAACGCACACACCCCUCCUACUAUCCAGCCUACCCCCAUCCACAUCCCACGACCCAAUCUCACCCCUCUCCCUCCCCGCAACAGCCGCCGACGAAAUCCCCAUGCUCCCCGUAGAAGCCGUUGAAUCACUCCCCGCCCGAGCACUCUCGAAUUCCGAAGAAACCCAGCUGCUACGUGAGAAAUCAGAAUUGUUGCGCGAACGAUCGCCUAAAUUGCCUUAUCGCCCGGCGAUGAAGUUCACGCCGGAGAUUAGUCUAAGCGAUGUGGGUGAUGCCGCUCCAGCGGCAGGUGUAACGAUGACGACGACGACGACGGCGGCGGCGGCAAUUCCGAAUGUGGUGCAGCAGGUCAAGAUUGUUGAGGAGGACAUUGAACCGCCGCCCCCACUGCCGUACAGGGACCAGGAUGGGGUCAAGAUGGGGCUUAGGAAGAGAUUGAGUUGGAGUGCGAAGAAUGUGGUCAAUAAGCAGAAGGGGGUGUUGAGGAAGGUUAAAUCGGGGGUUAUUGAGUCUUGGCGCAAACAAGUCGACUCCACAAAAGAGUUCGUGCACGUCUUCACCGAACCUUACGUCCCUGCUCCCGUGCACUACACCAAAUCGCUUUCCAUCCGCAACAUGCGCGAGGCCGGCUCACGCUUCCAGGACGCGGUGGAACCAUAUAUCGAUUGUAUUGAGGCUGUCAUUCGCGUGUCCAGGUGGGAGGAUCCUUAUAAGACUGGCGGGGUCGCUAUCAUCUACUUCUGGUCUUGGUACACCUCCAUCCUCAGUUAUCUGCUCGUCGCCUCACCCCUCCUCCUCCUCCUCACAACCUACGCGCUGCACCAAAACCUGUUCCCCUCCCUCCUCCACCCCCCAGCCAAAACCAAACCCGCCGAAGCAGCAACAACCUUUGGCGCCGCAGCCGGGUUCGCGAGCGCCGCGACGGAGAGUAUCGGGUUUGCGGUGCAUGCUGCCCCUGCGAGCGCGGCGGCGGCGAGUGAGGGGUUGGAAAAGUUUAAAAAUCUGGUCAGCUGGAAAGCACCCGACAAAACCCUCAAAGCGGGCGCAACCUACGCAUUUGCCAUCAUCGCGCUGUCCAUGAUCCCCCCGCAUCUCAUCAUUUCCCUCGCCGAACUAGCAUUCGGCUGGUAUUUCUUCAUCCUCCUCGGCCUCAAACACCACUUCCCGGCCUUCGCCGCGCGCUCCGCCGCUCAAGGCGACAUGGUGUCGCGUUUUUUUGAGGGGGUGCCUAGCGAUGCGGAUAUCAGAGCGGCGGAGGAGGAGGAAAGGAGACGAGAGAGGGAGAGGUUGGAGGUUGCGUUGGGGUUGGCGGAGAAGCCUGUUGAAAAACUCUACGAAACACCAUGCAUCCUAACACACCCCACCUCCAUCCUCGACUCCUCGUACGGCGACCUCAUCAUCACGCCCGACACCCUCCAUUUCCAACCCCGCUUCGAGAACAGUGUUGCGAACCCGCUUGAUAUCAGUUGGACGGACGUCACGGGCGUGAGCAGGGUCAGGGUGAAGAGCUGGGUCUUGGGCGAUGGACGGGGUAUACGGGUUACUGUGAAAUCCAUGGGAGAGGGGGGGCUGGAGUCCGAGGUAUGUGUGUUUGUCAUGAAUGUUGAUGGGGGGUGUAUGCUAACCAGAAUGUGAUAUUUUCCCCCAAAGUAUAUAUUCACAGCCAUCCCCAACCGCGCCACCCUCCACACCCACCUCACAUCCCACCUCGCCUCUCUGGGUAUCACCUUACCCGAAACCCUACCGAGGGAAUACUACGACGCGAACUUUGACCCGGACGACGAGGAUGACGAUGCCACCGUCGAUCCAGCCGACGAGAGGACAUCCACGCAGGACGAUGAUGACGCCCUCUCCGACACCCAAUCCGUGUCCUCCACGUCCACAUCCCUCCAUUCCCU